GCUGUUGGGCGCUAUUUAUGAUAAAAUAUUAGCUCCCAAUUCUCUCAAUUUUAUUUUAUGUGUAAAUGCUUUACGUUUUAAAUGCAAAUAGGCCAUAUAGCCAAGCCCUAAAUUUUUUAUCUUAAGCAUCGCAGAGCAUAAUUUUACUUGCAACUUUCAUGUGACGUAAGUGCAUAAUAAGUGUGUGGCGAGACGCAGAACUAACUAUACAAAAAAAAACUCGCUCAGUCAGUUUUUGGGUUCACCAGCAAACAGCAAACAAAGAUUACGAGGCUGCUCAUUGAUAAGGAAGAGGCUAAACAAAAAUCAACUUGCCAGCUGCUGCAGCUCUGACGACUUAUCAAAAAUGGAGAACGCGAGCAACUGCAUCCAGCAUCCUUGCCCAUACCCAAAUGGUGGGGGCGCCGCGACAGUACUUUUUGCCGGUUUGGUCAACGCCGUUCUGAACGCACAAUGUCAACUGGGCAACCCGGCCCAGUACCCCAAAGACGUUUCCAGCACACUUCUGCUGCCCGAGUACGAUUUUAUUGUAAUUGGUGCCGGCAGUGCCGGUUCGGCUAUUGCAAGUCGACUGACCGAAAUUGAAAAAUGGAACGUGCUGCUUCUGGAGGCGGGCGAUGACCCCGGGAUGACCACGGACAUUCCCGGUUUGGCAAUUGGUCUCCAGCAUGGAAGUGAAGAUUGGGAACUUUGGUCGGAGCCAGACGGCAAAACGUGCCUGGGAAUGCAAGGCGGCCGCUGCUACUGGCCGCGGGGAAAAGCGCUCGGUGGCUCUUCGUCUAUAAACGCCAUGUUGUACGUUCGGGGAAACAAAGAGGACUACGACGAGUGGGAAAAAAUGGGAAACACGGGAUGGGGCUACGAAGAGGUAUUGAAAUACUUCAAAAAGUCGGAGGACGGAGAGAUUGAAGACGAAUUUCACUCGAAAGGUGGUUUGCUGAGCGCCCAGAAAUAUCCUCUCGAGCAGAUGAAUGUGAUCCCUUUGUUUUUCAAGGCGGCCAAAGAGUUGGGCUACGAGCACGUGGAUUUGAAUAGCGCUACCCCUGUGGGAUACGGUCGCCUUCCUUCGACGCAGAAAAACUGUGAAAGAAUGAACACAGCUAAAGCGUUUUUGACUCCAGCCAAGGACAGAGAUAAUCUGCACGUGUCAAAAAACUCGCACGUCACCAAAUUGCGUUUGGAGGAUAACAGAGUAGUCGGGGUUGAAUUUGAAAAAGAUGGAAGUUCUCAUUUCGUAGCAGUAAAAGGGGAAGUGAUUUUGUCCGCGGGCGCCACGAAUUCGCCGCAGAUUUUAAUGCUCUCCGGAAUCGGACCGAAGGAUCACCUCGAGGAACUGGGCAUUACCGUGCACGCCGACCUGCCCGUGGGCAAAAACUUGCAAGACCACUUUAUGUUCUCUGGCACUUAUUUGUCUCUAACGGGUCUGCACGCUAAAAUCCCCAACCCCAAGAACAAAUUGAGGGACGACCUGUAUCAGUAUCUCUUUUAUCGCAGAGGUGAUUUGGCCUCCAUAGGCACUGGUGACUUCACCGGUUUCGUUAAUACACCGUUGAACAAAGACAAAAAUCGGCCCGACAUCGAAAUCCACCACUUGCUAAUACCGGAGGACGAUCAGCAAAUGUUGCCCGUGUGGUUGUAUUCUCAGGGUUACAACAAGGAGACCUAUGAGUACUUUAAACAGAUCAAUAAAAAGGGCGCCUCACUAAUUCCUUUGAUCUCUCUUCUACGGCCCAAGAGUGUGGGCGAAAUUAAACUUAAAUCGGCAAGCGUCUCUGACAGACCGAUAAUUACUCCAAAUUACCUGACGCACGAGGACGACGUGAAAACCAUGAUAGAAAGUAUCAAGUAUUUCAAAAAGUUCGGCGAGACGGAAACGAUGCGCGCCCUGGGAACUGAAAUCACCGACGAUUACAAGCCGUGCAGCGGAAAACACGAAAAGCAGAGUGACGAGUAUUACGAGUGCUGCUUGCGUCAUAUUGGUUUAACUCUUUACCACCCUGUUGGCACCUGCAAGAUGGGACCCGACCCUGCCGACUCUGUGGUCAACCCAAGGCUGAAGGUGCACGGCAUUAAAGGGCUGCGAGUGGCGGACGCGUCAAUUAUGCCAAAGAUUAUUUCAGCAAACACAAACGCCGCUUCGAUCAUGAUAGGCGAAAGGCUGUCUGAUUUUAUAAAGGAGGAUUGGCUUCAACAAGAAUGAAAAGUAUAAUUAAUACAAUUUUAUAAUCUGAAUUUAAUUUUUUUUUUUUUUUUUGUAAUAAAUUUUUCUACCU